UUUGCCCUUUCUUAUAUGUCGACCCAGCUUUGCUAUAGAUGCUUCCCCACCGUUUCAGACUCUAAACCCCACCUUCUCGACUUUUGCUCUCCCCGUCUCCCUCCUCGCCUCUCUUCUCUGCACCAAGCACCUCGAUUUAGGGCUUCACCAUUUCUCUUCGAAUCAAGCCUCGUCCAUUCGGCAACACAAAAACAACCAUUGCCAUUUGUUUUUGGUCGUGAGCUGAACUACUGCAGUGCGAUAAUGGUGGAUACCACCAUGACAGCCCACGGAGCCUCCUCUUCAUCAUCCUCCUCAAAACUCUGGAAGUACGACGUGUUCUUGAGCUUCAGAGGCGAAGACACACGCAAGGGCUUCACGGCCCAUCUCCAUGCAGCACUGAAAGAAAAGGACUACGAAGCCUUUAUUGAUAAUGACAAUCUGAAAAGAGGGGAAGAAAUAAAAGAGGAACUGUUCCGGGCAAUCGAAGAGUCAAGGAUCUCUAUUAUUGUGUUCUCAAAGAGUUAUGCGGAUUCAAGUUGGUGUCUCGACGAGCUGGUGAAGAUCAUGGAGUGUAGAUCCCAACUGGGGCGACAUGUUUUGCCAAUAUUCUAUCAUGUUGAAGCUUCAGACAUCAGGAAGCAGGAAGGUAGUUUAGCCCCAAUAUUUGAGAAGUACGAAGAGGAUAUCCGUGAAGAAAAAGAUGACAUAAAACGCGAACACAAGAAGAAAAAGGUGAAGCAAUGGAGAGAGGCUCUUACUCAGGCUGCAAACUUGUCCGGUCAAGAUCUCAAAAACAUUGACAACGGGCAUGAAGCAAAGCUUAUUAGGAGAAUUAUUUAUGAGAAUAUUUGGGAAUUGCUCCCCAACACAACCGAAUUACAUGUGGCCAAGCACCCAGUUGGAAUCAAUUCUCGCAUUCAAGAUAUUAUCAAUGAUCUUUCAAGUGGUAGAUCAGAUGAUGUUCUCAUGGUUGGAAUUUGGGGGAUGGGUGGAUUGGGCAAAACAACAGCUGCCAAAGCCAUUUAUAACCAAAUUCAUCGUAACUUCCAAUCCAAAUGUUUCCUUGUUGACGUUCGUGACAUUGCAAGCCAACAUGGUUUGGUCUAUUUGCAAGAAAAGUUUCUUUUUGACAUCUUACAACCUCCCAAGUCUCAAAAUUUUAGCAGCGUUGAUGCAGGGGUCAGUGUUAUAAAACAACAUCUCCAACAUAGAAGGGUACUUGUCAUUAUUGACAAUGUAGAUAAGUUUGACCAACUAGAUGCAAUUGUUGGGACUCGGGAUCGGUUUGGUCCGGGAAGUAGAAUUAUCAUUACAACAAGGAAUGAGCAUUUACUAAAGCAAGUGAAGGUGGACAAGGUACAUGAGGCUCAUAAAAUGAAUGAUGAAGAAGCUCUUGAGCUCUUUAGUUGGCAUGCUUUUGAGAAUAGUUGUCCAGAUGAAGGAUAUUAUGAACUGUCAAAAAAUGUAAUUUCUUAUUGUGGAGGUUUGCCAUUGGCACUACAAGUCUUAGGCUCUUUACUAGUUGAUAGAGCCUUAGAAGAAUGGAAAAGCCAACUGAAGAAAUUGGAAAAAAUUCCUGAAGGAGAAAUUCUAAAAAAACUCAGAAUAAGUUUUGUGGGGCUAGAUGUUAUACAAAAGGCUAUUUUUCUUGAUAUAUGUUGUUUCUUUAUUGGAAUGGACAAGAACUAUGUCACAAAAAUACUAGAUGGAUGUGGCUUUUCUGCAAAAAUAGGAAUUAGUGUCUUAUGUGAACGUUGCCUUGUAACUGUUGAUGAAGACAAGUUGAGGAUGCAUGAUUUGCUUCGAGAUAUGGGCAGAGUAAUCAUUUCUGAAGAAUCCCCUAGUUCCCCUGAAAAAUGGAGUAGAUUGUGGCAUCCUGAAGAAGUAACAGAUGUAUUGACAGACAUGUCUGGAACUGGAGAAAUUCAAGGACUAAUUCUAGAUUGCUUCAGCUCUAACAAUGCUAGUUUCAGUACAGAAGCAUUUGCCAAUAUGAAGAAACUGAGAUUGCUUCAGCUCAACUACGUAGGCCUCACUGGAGACUACAAACACCUUCCCAAAAAGUUAAUAUGGUUGUGCUGGCGUGGAUUCCCUUUGCAUUCCAUACCAGAUAACUUUUUAAAUCAACCACAACUAGUUGUUUUAGACAUGCAGGGCAGCAAACUGGUACAAGUUUGGGAGGGUUCCAAGUCUCUUCAGAAGUUGAAAAUCAUUAUUCUCAGUCAUUCCCUUCACUUAAAAAAAUCACCGGACUUUUCACAACUCCCAGAUCUUGAAGAGUUAAUAUUGGAAGGGUGUGAGUGGUUGUCCGAGAUUCACCCAUCCAUUGGUCAUCUUAAAAGACUUUCUUUGGUGAACCUUAAAGGAUGCUGCAUGCUUAUUUCUCUUCCUGGGGAUUUCUACAAGUCAAAAUCUGUUGAGACUCUUUGUCUUAAUGGGUGUUCAAAAUUCACAGAAUUGCAUGAGAAUUUAGGGGAGAUGAUCUCAUUGAGAAUACUUGAAGCAGAUUUAACAGGCAUAAGACAAGUACCACCUUCCACGGUAAGAUUGAAGAAACUCACUCGUUUAUCGGUAAGGUUAGGAUCGAAGAGUCUCAAUCAUUUAUCUCAAAGGUCAAGAUUGAAGAAUCUCGCUCGUUUAUCUCGAAUGAAUAUGCAAGUGCAACCGUUGGGGUUGCCUCUUCAUUUGCCCCAUUCGUUACAUGGCUUACACUCUUUAAGAGAAUUAGAUCUCUCAUUUUGCGAAUUAGCCGAUAACGAAAUGCCUGAGGAUCUUGGGAGUUUAAAUUCUUUACAAAAAUUGGAUCUUCAAGGGAAUAAAUUUCACACCCUUCCCGAUCUCAGCGGUCUUUCAAAGCUUGAAACUCUACGGUUAAGUGGAUGCAGAUAUCUUCAUAGAAUGCUUGGUUUACCAACAAAUUUGAAAUUUCUGUAUGCGUUUCAUUGCUCUGCAUUGGAAACAAUGCCCAAUUUUUCGAAAAUGUCAAAUAUGAGAGAACUGCAUUUAAGUGAUUCUCCGAAACUCACUGAGGUUCCAGGGUUGGAUAAGUCAUUAAACUCCAUGACAUGGAUUGAUAUGCAAAGUUGCACCAAUCUCACUGCUGAUUUCAGGAAGAACAUCCUACAGGGAUGGACUUCUUGCGGAUUUGGUGGCAUUUUCCUCCAUGGGAAUUAUCUUCCUAAUUGGUUUAUGUUUGUCAACAAUGGCAAUAAAGUCAGUUUUGAUAUUCGCCAAAGUGACAAUGAUCAUAAUUUUGAAGGGAUAACUUUGUUCUGCUAUAACCGCUCAGGCAAUAGAGUUCAUCCUCCUCUUCCUCUUGCCAUUACUGUUAUAAAUAAUACCAAGCGUACUAAGUUACGGGUCUGCAUGGGCAAUAAAGAUUGGGAGGAGCUAAUAUAUGACGACAAUUAUCUUUGGCAGGGACAAUUAUCGAACAAUAAGCUCAAUUUGCAAGUCGGGGAUAAAGUUGAAGUUGAUAUAAUUUUUCCAGAAUUUGAUUUUUCUACGAUAUUGCAGAAAACGGGGGUUAAUCUAGUAUGGGACAAACAUAUGAAGGAAAAUAUGCAUGAUUUGGACAAAGCUGGUUAUACUUUUGAAACAAAUGCAAGUAGUGAAUCUUCAGAGUCCGAGCCCGAAGAGCGACCUCAAGCUCAACUCUCCAUCCCUGGUCUGCAAGCAACUCCAACUAAGAAAAAGACAAGGGCACAGGCUUCCAAAGCCUCUCAAUCUUCGAGGUCUUCUGUUGCUCAUGCUCCUGAGGCGGGACCUCAAGCUACCAAGAAGCCCACAGUUGUCUCAAGAGAGGAGCCAUUGGGAGCAAAGUUAUAUAAAAAAGACAAGCCCGUUAUUGAUGCUACCCUCAAGGAAUUGGAGGACAUUAGAGGUGAGGGGUCCAUUAAGCCCGAGGCUUCUUCUCCUUCUGCCCGACCAAAGCAUGUUUCCCCCUCUCGGGCUAAGCCUUCAAAGGCCAAGGUUGGAGAGCUCGCUUCUCAAGUCGGGCAAGGUUCUUCUUCUAUUCCUUCAACCUCUCCUUCUUUGGUGGUGGCUCCUACUUCUCAAUUUGACCCGUCAAGUGGGGAGAUGCUGCACUUUGUGGAAGACAACAGUAAUUCGUCCUUCCCAGGGCAUGAGUCACAGCAACUAGCUGCAACAGCCUUCGGGGAGCCUAUAGUCCCUGAUAUCCCAGUGGUCUCAGAAGUGACUAGCCCACAGGCUGCUGGGGCUGUUUCUACUGAUACAGUCGUGGCAUCAAAAGUGCCUAUCUCCCAACCUCAGGCUUCUGUUGAAGGUUCGGGCAACACCCCCCAACUUGCAAGUGUGAAUGAUCCCUCUCAGCAUCCAAGUGUCACAACUCAUCCUCCUUCUUCCAAGGCUUCAGGGCUCUGAAGAGGGCUCGGGCAGAUCUCCCCCACCCUUGAUACUUAAAUCUGAUCUUCCACAACCUCUUUUAGCUUCUGGGGUCAUAGGGAUUCAUAUCCCUAGGCCUAAGAAUAAAACCAAGACCACCACUGCUCCUACAUCUUGGGCUCCUUCAUCCAUUGAGACCUCCUCCAUUGAUGCACCCUCUGAAGGAGCAGGAGCACUACCAUUUUCCUCUGUACCUAUCUCUACAACAACAUCUUUGCCUGAGCUUUUUAAAGAGUUCGAGCUUCUUAAGACAAAGUUGAGAUCUUCAAGGCAUCCCUCUGAGUCUUCAGGCCUUCAAGAUCAACGCCGAGUCUUCCAAGAGUGGUCUAUGAGGGAUUUCUCAGCAUCCUUUAACCUCAAGGCUCUCCACGACGUGGAGAAGGCUAUUAUUGAUUUGUUCAAGGCUAAUCAGCUAUCCAAAGCUCAAUAUGAAUCAUUCCUCUCUUAUUUUGAGAACUUGAGGGCUUUGAGGGAUCAACAUCAGAGGGCAGAGAGGCAAGCCAAUCAAGUGAGGUGCUUUAAGGAGAAACAAUCUAGUACUUCAACUCAUAUUCAACAGCUGGUAGAUGAAGGUUCAGCAACGAAGGAGAGGAUCAAUGUGGUAACUUCUGAGAUCCAGAAGUUAGAAGAGCAACUUGUUGUACUGAAGUCUAAACAGGUGACUCUCCUUGGCAAACUUCAACAACAAAUUGAAGAAGUGAAGAAGGCAAAUCUGGAACUGGAAGAUGCUGAGUCUCAACUUGUUAAUAGCAGCACUGUUUUGGCCGAGCCUACCAGAAUUUUUAAUUAUGCAAACUUACCACUCCAGAAUAAUUACUUUGGGUGAAGAUGUAAAUCUGUUAGGCUAGGGCCAUUGUAACUUCCUUUUUGUGAAAUAAAAGUAUUCUUCAUCUUUACUUA